UUUAUAUUUAACAUUGAUUCACUUAUUUUAAAGCGUUAAAUAUGGACAGAAAAUUUAUAAUUUUGGCCGCGUUACUUAGUUGCGGUGUCAACGCAAAAGAGCCGAGGUUCGUGGACGCGGGAUCUAACGUGACGGUGGUGGUGGGCCGCGACACCACGCUCACAUGCCGGGUGGAGGACUUGAACGAUUAUAAGGUGGCGUGGCUGCGCGUAGACACCCAGACCAUCCUCACAAUCGGUCCCCACGUCAUAACCAAGAACCACCGCGUGGGGGUCGCGCGCGGCUCCGCGCAAGCGUGGGCGCUGACGCUGCGCGACGUGCGGCCGGCCGACGGCGGCGCGUACAUGUGCCAGGUCAACACCGAGCCCAUGAUCACGCAGACGCACCAGCUGCAGGUUGUCGUGCCUCCGGAUAUCGUGGAUAGCGGCAGCAGCGGAGAAGUGAUGGUACGCGAGGGCGAGAACGUGUCCAUACACUGUGCAGCCUCGGGAGUUCCGCCCCCCACCAUCAUGUGGAGGAGAGAGGACGCGGGGGUCAUGAGGAUUGGGGAUCAGAGCGUGAGCAAAUGGAGUGGCGUCUGGCUGAACCUCACGGCCGUCGAGAGAGUCAUGAGCGGCGCCUUGCUCUGCAUCGCGAGUAACGGAGUGCCGCCUUCUGUUAGCAAGCGGAUACCCCUACGUGUGUUGUGCAAACCAACUGCAGUAGUGACACAGAAAAUGAUAGGGGGCUAUUUGGGACAAUCGGUGUUGCUACAGUGCAAAAUAGAGGCGUACCCUACACCGAGUGUCUACUGGACACAUAUCAACAUCAACAGGAUACAAAACGGUUCGAAGUACCAGACGCUCAUAAAAUCCAACAGUUACAAGCACACAGCCGUGCUGAAGAUCGAUGACGUGUCGCGGGAUGACAUUGGCGCGUACCAGUGCGUCGCGGAGAAUGUACUCGGGACAGCGCGGGACGACAUCACGCUGUACACUCUCGCCACGACUACCACGAGUACCACGACGGUGACCACCACCAGGCCACCCACAGUUGUGACGGAACCUGCUUCCACGCAACCAUAUAUAGAGUUAGACACGAAUUCGGAGGAGUACGCGAAGGACGUGUCUAACGAUUACGUGGUCGUGCUGAGUCAACAUCAAAUGCAGAAUUUAGAAUUAUCGCCAAGUUUGUGACCAGAGAAAAGUCCAGACCACUGGCCACUGUGGUCUGCCGCGCCCAGAGUGACGCCUUCCUUAAACUUACUAUACAUAAUUAUAAUUGCGAUCGCCUGCUGAAGCAACGAGAUUAGUGGUGUUAAACAAUUAAACGGUGUAUAGCAUACAGAGCUUAAUAGUAUUUAGAGUAAUUCCACUUUACAUCGAAUAAUUUUAAUAAUGCAAAUUACUGUAUAUAUAAACAUAA